AUGUAUGCGGAGUUGUGGAAAGUCACGGUCUCCACCUGGUUCCAAUUGCCAAGUCGCGCGGGCAAGAGAAGGGGCGAUCGCGAUCGAGAUAAAUGGCAAGCAACAGUGUGGGGUGAGCCUGUUGAUGGUGAAUGCGAUCAGUGGGCGACUUUAUGGGAUGCUUGGCGAUGGAAGGCGUGA